AUUUGAAUUUCCGCCGAAGUCACAUGACAGAACAAAAUGGAGGUUUGCAGGUUGCUCGUUUUGGUUCUGCUGUUUCUGCAACAGAUAUGUAUGACAGUUUCUCGUCCAGGCUAUAGCAGCGACUUCACGAUAGAUGCCCCCACAUGCGGCUACGAAAGCUGUAACCCGGUGAAGGACGGGAUGAUCAAUGUACACAUAGUUCCGCACACACACGAUGAUGUUGGCUGGCUCAAGACUGUGGAUCAGUAUUUCUACGGAGACCAUAAUGAUAUUCAGACUGCGGGGGUGCAGUACAUCCUUGACUCGGUCAUCCCGGAGCUGCAGAAGGACCCCACACGCCGUUUCAUCUAUGUGGAAAUCGCUUUCUUUGCCCGGUGGUGGCGGGAGCAGGAUGACAGCAUGAGACAUGUAGUGAAGGGACUUGUCAACGAAGGUCGUCUUGAGUUUAUCCUCGGAGGAUGGUGCAUGAAUGAUGAGGCUUCCACACACUACAAUGCAAUUAUCGACCAGCAUGCACUGGGACUAGAGUUCCUCAGGACCAAUUUUGGAGAGUGUGGUCGUCCUCGGAUAGCUUGGCAGGUUGAUCCAUUUGGACACUCACGAGAACAAGCUUCUCUGUUUGCACAGAUGGGAUAUGAUGGUCUGUAUUUUGGGCGUCUCGACUAUGCUGACAAGAACAGGAGACUGAACCAUACGACGAUGGAAAUGAUUUGGAGAGGGAGCCCAAAAAAUAUUGGUGGGAGGGCCGACCUGUUCACGGGAGCGUUGCCCAACAUGUACCAACCACCACCAGGAUUCUGUUUUGAUGCUCUGUGUACAGACCACCCCAUCAUGGAUGAUGAGCGUCUCCAUGACUACAAUGUGCCUGAUAGAGUUGCUGCCUUCCUCAAAGCUGUGCAUGACCAGGCCAAGCACUACCAGACUGACCACAUCAUCAUGACCAUGGGAUCGGACUUCCAGUAUUCAAAUGCUCACACCUGGUUCAAGAAUCUCGACAAACUCUUGAGAUAUGUGAAUGAACAGCAAACGGCCAACAACAGCAAUGUGAACGUGCUGUACUCCACCCCGUCCUGCUACACCUACCAGCUGAACAAGGCCGACAAAACCUGGACUACGAAGGAGGAUGACUUCUUCCCCUAUGGGGAUAGUCCCCAUGCCUACUGGACAGGUUACUUCAGCAGCAGAGCUGCCCUCAAGAACUACGUCAGGAGGACCAACAACUUCCUGCAGGUUGUGAAACAGAUGGAUGCUCUGGCCCAGUUGGAGGACACCGAUAAUAGCACCUACAACAUAGAAAUACUCAAGGAAGCUGUGGGUGUGGCCCAACAUCAUGAUGCUGUCAGUGGUACAGAGAAGCAAGCUGUGGCCUAUGACUAUGCCGAGAGACUGGCUAAUGGUGUGAACGAGUGCCAGAAAGUAGUGAAUGAUGCCUAUGGUAAACUUCUGCCUCUGGGGACAGUGAAACCACCAGGUCAGGGGUUCUGCACCCUACUCAACAUCAGCGUGUGCACUGCCACUGAGUCACAGAAGGAGUUCCAAGUGCUUGUGUACAACCCGAUCGGGAGGUCAGUGACCUACAAUGUACGUCUACCAGUGGUGGGCAGCGCCUUCAGUGUCACCGGACCCAGUGGGGAGGCCAUAGUGUCUGAGGUGUAUCCCAUCUCGGAGGACACAUUCCGCAUCCCAGAGAGGAAGGGUGCUCUAGCUGCUAAUGAACUGGUGUUCUUUGUAACAGUUCCAGCUCUAGGGUUCAACACCUAUUUUGUGUCUUUGAACAGUGGUGCUGAGAGCCAGGUGCCACCAAGAAAGUCAUUUACCGUGGGUGCUGACACAACUAUUGGGAAUCAGUACAUCAGCUUGACAUUUGAUGGGAUCUCCGGGCAGCUGAAGUCCAUGAGGAACCUGAAGAAGAACCUGGACAUCAGCCUCGGGCAGAGCUUCAUGUUCUACCCAGGCUAUGCAGGCAACAACAGCGGUGAUGUGAACCAGGCUUCAGGCGCCUACAUCUUCCGACCAAAUGCAACUUCUGCCACCAACAUCGGCAGUGGUGCUCAGCUGUCUUCAAGCAACUACAUCCGAGAGGGCAGGCUUGUGCAGGAAGUCUACCAGCAGUUUGCACCGUGGGCUACGCAGGUGAUUCGAGUGUAUGAAAAUGAGCAGUACGCCGAGUUCCAGUGGACUAUUGGCCCAAUCUCGAUAGAUGACAAGAUUGGAAAGGAGGUGAUCACUAGAUACACCACCAACCUUGCCACACAGGGCCGCUUCUUUACUGAUGCCAAUGGCAGGGAGGUGUUGGAGAGACAGCGCAACCACCGUGACACGUGGGACCUCAACGUGACAGAACCUGUUUCUCAGAACUACUACCCUGUGAACAGCAGGAUCUACCUUCAGGACACCAGCAGGAACGUGCAGUUCACUGUCCUCAAUGACCGUUCUGAGGGCGGCAGCAGUCUGGGCGAUGGCUCCCUGGAACUGAUGCUGCAUCGCCGCCUGUUGAAGGAUGAUGCCCGCGGUGUGGGGGAACCCUUGAACGAGACUGGGGCUGAUGGGAAGGGUUUGAUUGUCCGAGGCUACAACUACGUGUUCCUGGACACCAUUGCCGACUCAGCUAGACUACACCGCGACCUUGGGGAAAGACUCUUCAUGGCACCAUCAAUGUCCUUCACUAAUGUACAAAUGAAAUAUGCUGACUGGAGCAAGAACUUCAGAACAAAUUGGUCUGGCCUGAAGCGUGAGUUACCUGCCAAUGUCCACCUGCUGACCCUGGAGCAGUACGCAGGAUCGGGCCCCGCCCCCUCCCCCAUGCAGCCGUACCUGCUGAGGCUGGAGCACUUCUACGAGAAGGAGGAAGAUGCAGCCCUCUCUGCCCCAGUUACAGUGUCACUGAAGGAUCUAUUUGUGCCCUUUGAUAUCGAGGCUGUGACGGAGCUGACGCUGGGGUCGAACCUGCCACUCAGCCAGCUGAACCGCCUCCAGUGGAAAACAACAGACAGUGGACACACAGAUACCACCUUGAGGUUUAAGCCUGUGUCCCUGUCGGAAGCUGCUCCCCUAGACAUAACGCUGAACCCCAUGGAGAUCCGGACGUUCCAGGUGAAACUCACACAGCACUGACCCCGGGGGACACCUGCUGGUCACAGACAGAGAAGUUACACCUGAUCCUUAUAAUACAAUAUCAUGCUAAUGAAUGUUUCUUUGUAAUUUGAGUUGGUGUAAUCAUCAAAUAUUUUGUCCUCCGUUUGGGCUACCCAAGUGGAUGUUUGUUAACUAAACUGGUGUGAACAUUCACAAUACUAGUCAAGUAUUUGUGCACAGUCGUUACCUGACUAACGGUCUAACACGUGGCGUGUAUGUGUGUGUCUGUGAGUACAGGCUUGUAUGUGUGUGAGUACAGGCUUGUAUGUGAGAGUACAGGCUUGUAUGUGUGAGUAAAGGCUUGUAUGUGUGUGAGUACAGGCUUGUAUGUGAGAGUACAGGCUUGUAUGUGAGUGAGUACAGUCUUGUAUGUGAUAGUACAGGCUUGUAUGUGAGAGUACAGGCUUGUAUGUGAGAGUACAGGCUUGUAUGUGUGAGUACAGGCUUGUAUGUGUGAGUACAGGCUUGUAUGUGUGAGUACAGGCUUGUAUGUGAGAGUACAGGCUUGUAUGUGAGAGUACAGGCUUGUAUGUGUGAGUACAGGCUUGUAUGUGUGAGUACAGGCUUGUAUGUGAGAGUACAGGCUUGUAUGUGAUAGUACAGGCUUGUAUGUGAGUGAGUACAGGCUUGUAUGUGAGAGUACAGGCUUGUAUGUGUGUGAGUACAUUCUUGUAUGUGUGAGUACAGGCUUGUAUGUGAGAGUACAGUCUUGUAUGUGUGUGUGUAAAGGCUUGUGUGUGUGAGUACAGGAUUGUGUGUGUGAGUAUAGGCUUGUAUGUGAGAGUACAGGCUUGUAUGUGAGAGUACAGGCUUGUAUUUGAGUGAGUACAGUCUUGUAUGUGAUAGUACAGGCUUGUAUGUGAGAGUACAAGCUUGUAUAUGUGAGUACAGGCUUGUAUGUGUGAGUACAGUCUUGUAUGUUUGUGUAAAGGCUUGCGUGUGUGAGUACAGGGUUGUGUGUGUGAGUACAGGCUUGUGUGUGUUUAAAGGCUUUUGUGUGUGUGUGUGUAAAGGCUUGUAUGUGUGAGUACAGGCUUGUAUGUGUGAGUACAUUCUUGUAUGUGUGUGUUUACAGGUUGUUAUGUGUAUGUUCAGGCGUGUGUGUACAGACUUGUAUGUGUGUGGACAGUCUGUCAUGUUAACUGACAGCCUGGUAUCUAUGUAAAUGACUAGCUUGUUUGGGGGGAAAGAGGAUUAACAGAUUGUGACUUAGUCAUUCCACAUACUUAACUGUCCUGAUUUUUACAGUUUAAUAGUCUAAAUUUACACCUAUGGUCACAUCUCUUCUCUUGAUUGAGCAAUGUCACUAUCAGGUAAAUCUGGAGGAUAUACCACAAGGUACAUGCCAGUUCAAAACCAGGUUUUUCUGUAUGCUGAUAUCUUCCUGCAACAUUGUAUCACGGAUGUUGUCAUGAUAUCUUCCUGCAGCAUUGUAUCAUGGAUGUUGUCAUGAUAUCUUCCUGUAACAUUGUAUCACGGAUGUUGUCAUGAUAUCUUCCUGCAACAUUGUAUCAUGGUUGUUGUCAUGAUAUCUUCCUGCAACAUUGUAUCACAGAUGUUGUCAUGAUAUCUAUCUUCCUGCAGCAUUGUAUCACGGAUGUUGUCAUGAUAUCUUCCUGCAACAUUGUAUCACGAAUGUUGUCAUGAUAUCUUCCUGCAGCAUUGUAUCACGGAUGUUGUCAUGAUAUCUUCCUGCAGCAUUGUAUCACGAAUGUUGUCAUGAUAUCUUCCUGCAGCAUUGUAUCACGGAUGUUGUCAUGAUAUCUUCCUGCAGCAUUGUAUCACGGAUGUUGUCAUGAUAUCUUCCUGCAACAUUGUAUCAUGGUUGUUGUCAUGAUAUCUUCCUGCAACAUUGUAUCACGGAUGUUGUCAUGAUAUCUUCCUGCAGCAUUGUAUCACGGAUGUUGUCAUGAUAUCUUCCUGCAACAUUGUAUCAUGGUUGUUGUCAUGAUAUCUUCCUGCAACAUCGUGUCAUGGAUGUUGUGAUGAUAUCUUCCUGCUACAUCGUGUCAUGGUUGUUGUCAUGAUCUACUGAGAUGAACGUUUCUUCUACCUCGGUGUUAAAUGAUAUGAUGUAAAUGUUGUCAAUGUCCUUGAGAUAAUACAACAAGCACUAACACAGGUUCAGGGAUUGCUCUAGCAGGUGUAUGUUAACUCAACUUUUGAUCAGUAUAACAUUAAUUUCAAAAAGCCAAAAAAUGUUUAUUGUGCUUCAGUAGACAUGUCACAGUCUUCAUGGUUCAGUGAGUUCAAAUGAUGCCAAUAAAAUGUAUAUUUCA